GGUCUUAAAUCCAAAACCCUUUAACAGAAACCUCACUCUGUGCAGAUUUACUUAUUAGAUGGAUAUCGAUGAUACGUUGAUUACGGUGGCUGAAGACGAGAGUUUGAACAUGGCAGCUCAAGGCGAGGAUCAUAUCAACGAAAGAUUGAAAACAGCUGCUCAAAACGGAGAUAUCGAGAAAUUCUACCAUCUGCUCGAUGAGGAUCCCAACAUCUUGGAGAGGUUUGAUCGAGAUCCCUUCUGCGAGACGCCACUACACAUUGCUGUCCGAAGCGGGCAAACUCAUUUCGCCAUGGAAAUAACGAGCUUGAAGCCCUCGCUGGCGUGGAAGCUGAACAAGUCAGGGUUCAGCCCCAUGCAUUUGGCUUUGCAAAGUGGAUGUCUUCGGAUUGUGAGAGGGCUUAUGGCCAUCGACAAAGACUUGGUUAGGAUCAGAGGGAGAGGAAGGAUUACCCCUUUUCAUUACGUAGCUCAGACCGGCGAUAGCCAACUGUUGGGCGAAUUUUUGCUUGCUUCCCCUUCUUCUAUAGAAGAUUUGACGAUUAAGUGCGAGACCGCUGUGCAUAUUGCCGUGAAAAACCACAAGUCCGUGGCAUUUAAGGUUCUUUUGGGAUGGCUCAAGAGGGCCAGCCAGGAGGAAAUCUUGAAUUGGAAGGACGAAGAUGGUAACACAGUGUUCCACAUAGCUACGUCUACAAAUCAAACUGAGGUCUUGAAGUUGCUAAGAAAAAUCGUGAAUGUGAACGCCAAGAACUUGGAGGGUGAAACAGCGAUGGACAUAUUCCAAAGUAACCAAGCUUCUCUUAGCCCUGAAGUCGGCGAAAUCCUCGUCAGCUCCAAAGCAAAAGCAGCGCACAAGCUUUCUAGUUCGGCAAGAAAUCUUGCCGGCUACUUGAGCCAAGGACUCUCACUUAUGGAGAAACGGAACAAACUCAUGGGACUGAACAGCUUUAUCAGCAACAAACAAGGAUCUCACGAUAGUAGCGACUUGAGGAGUUCAGUGCUCGUGGUUGCUAUACUGAUUGCAACGGCAACAUACCAAGCUGGUCUCAGUCCUCCAGGCGGCUAUUGGCAAGAAGAUAACGAAGAUCACUUUGCUGGGAAGAUGAUCUUACGUACCCAAUUCGCCGUAAUUUUCUAUGGUCUCAAUGGAAUUGCCUUCUUCUCAAGUGUGUCAGUGAUUCUCAUCCUCAUUAUCGGACUUCCGAUGUGGAAAGUUAUGUACGGCGCCACCGCAGCUCUCGGGAUUGCUAAUUUUACAUCCUUUUUGGCUAUAUUCCAGGGUUCGGGUAGCGUGGGCUGGUAUAUUGCUCUUGUUGUACUGCUCUUCUCUUACCCAUUAGUUACCGCUUUGAUAGUAUUUGUCCCUUUUGUAGCAUUCUUACGCAAUGAAUGCAGCCGCCGUCGAGUGGACUCCCCUACCAGGUAUUUCAGCUCAUGCCGAGAGCUAACCUGGUGAAAGGCUUUUGCCGUUAUUGGGAAACCUAGUAUUGCUUCCUUGUUGUACGAUUCAUUACAUAUAUAUCAUAAGGAGCUCCUGCACUAUAUUGUAACACAAACUUCUACGAACAAAGAGUUUCCGUUAGUGGCGGAGGAUGUUUCUCUUACA